AUGGCAGAUGGUCAGUUUAGUGAUUAUGAAGAAGACUUAUCAGUAAAAGUUAAGUCAGUGCGAUUUGCUGAUCCUCCUGUGAUUGCUAGAGACAUUAGUGAUGAUGAUGAUGUCGACUCUGAUGACUACUUUUAUGACUCCGAUGAUCCAACUCAGACAAAAAAUAAAAAAGACAAUGUCAAUCCACAAACACCAUCUAAUAAAUCAGUAGAACAUGAUCAUCCCCAUGCCUUUGAGUUCUUAAGAAAAGAUUGUACAAAUAUAUCAGAUUUCUUCAGAAAAAAGGGUGUUGCAACAUUAACUGUUAAGGAAUUGUUUGACUUUAUUACUGACACUUCUAUAAAUGAAAGUAAUCUAGAAGAAUGUUUGGAGCGACUAUCAGAGAAGGUAGCCUCAAGAAAUUUUGAAGAAAUGACGGCUCAAGAACAAGUAGAAGAGGAAGCAUUUAAGAAUGUCUAUAUUCCUAAAAGACUAACUGAGGUCAUAAACUAUGAAAGAGAUAUCAGCAAAGCAAAAAAAGGUGAUACUGAGGACCUGACAUACAAAAAGAUUGCAGGAUUUAAUGAAGAUCUUUCAGGUACAGUUGACAAGCCUGAGAUUUUACAAGAAGAUGAAAUUAAUGAAGAUGAUGACAUUAGUGAUGGAUCGGAGUCCGGAUCUGGGAGCAGCUCCAUUGAGAAUGGAAAUGAUGCAAAAACGAAAUUUAAAACCAGUUCUCGCCCACGAGAUGAGUCGCCUGAAAGCAAAAAGGCGAGAAAAAAAGCAGUUAAAGAAGAAAAAGCUGAGAAGAGAAAAACAAAAACAAAGAAACAUAUUAAGAAAAGAAGGGAUAAAGGGAGUGGCCGAAAG